AUGUGGCUCUCUCUAGGCUUCGUCUCUCUCCUCUUGUCGGUUGUCGGCCUCCCCCAGGCCUCCUGUCGCCCCCAGGCCUCAUGUCAACCGUCUCUCCCCCUGCCUGUGCGCGAGGUAUACAAGUUCCCUACCUUUCCCACCUACCUGGAGGGCAUCUAUGCCCGCGCCAACGGGGAUCUCCUGGCUGUGACGGCCUUCCCGGAUGCCUUUGUCUACUAUCUCACGGGGGUGGACACCGACAGCCCGACAGUCACCCUCCUCCAGCACUUCACCGAGAUCAACACGCUGACCAGCAUCAUCGAGACCUCGCCCGACGUCUUCACCAUCUUAGGCGGUAAUACCUCGGCCUACGCGACCGCUGUACCGGGCACCUUUGGCGUCUGGGAGCUGGACCUGCGCUCGCCACACCACCCGGCGCAGGCGCGGGAGAUGGUGCGUCUGUCAUCGGGCGGGUUCAUGACCAGCAUGGACAUGAUCUCGCCGACAAACGUGCUGGUGGCAGACGCCUCUAUGGGACUCGUCUGGCAGGUUGACCUGCAAUCCAAGACGUACGAGCUCGCUUUGCAGGAUCCCCUCAUGGACUCCCCGAGCUGGGCUCCGGCGCCCGUCGGCAUCAGCAACAUCAAACUGCACCACGGCUAUCUGUACUGGAGCAACGCCUUUGCGGCCACCUUCUCGCGCAUCCCCGUCACCGUCGACGGCUUCGCUGCCCCGGGGGCGCGCGGCGAGCUGAUCACCACGGUGCGCUCGAUCUUCCUCGACAAGUUCGCCUUUGGCGGCGGCGGCGGCGGCACGGCAGACACGGUCUGGGCGAUGACCAACGCCGACAGUCGUGUGGUGGCCAUCCGGCCGGACGGCGAGUAUCUCACUGUCGCAGGCCAGUCGGACCAGAUGACGGUUGCCGGGGGGGUUACGGGGGUGUUUGGGCGGGUGCCAGGCGAUACACACACUUUCUAUGUGGCCACGGGGGGGGGCUUCAAUUUUCCCAUCAAUGGGUCAAUCGUGGAGCCAGGGAAGAUUGUUGCAAUAGAUACUUCUGGAUUCUGUUAA